AUGACAAACACAACCGCCGCCACCACUCCAUAUGUGGUAGAUGACUGCCGUGGAAUCCUCCAAGUCUACAGUGACGGCUCCAUAGUCCGCUCUGAUCGCCCAUCCAUCAACGUGACCGUGCAUGACGAUGGCUCUGUUAUCUGGAAAGACGUCACUUUCCACCCAAUUCAUGGUCUCCAACUCCGUCUCUACAAACCCGCUUCAGCCUCCUCCUCUACGAAGCUCCCAAUCUUCUACCACAUCCAUGGUGGUAGCUUCUGCAUCGGCUCUCGCACUUGGCCCAACUGCCAAAACUACUGCCUCCGUCUCGCUUCCGACCUUCAAGCCGUCGUCAUCUCACCUGAUUAUCGUCUCCCACCUGAGAAUCGCCUUCCGGCGGCAAUCGAAGAUGGAUUCGCAGCGGUUAAGUGGCUCCAAGCUCAGGCUCUGUCCGAUAAUCCCGACACUUGGUUGACUGAUGUUGCCGAUUUCAACAGAGUUUUUAUCUUGGGAGACUCGGCCGGGGGAAACAUCGCUCAUCAUCUCGCUGUUGGACUCGGACCGGGUUCGCCGGAGUUGGCUCCUGUUCGAGUGCGUGGUUACGUUUUUUUAGCUGCCUACUUUGGCGGAACCGUGCGGGUGAAAUCAGAGUUGGAGGAACGGGAGACUGUCUUCACUAAUCUCAUGAUAUUGGACAUGUUUUGGAGGCUUUCAAUACCAGUUGGUGAGACAACAGAUCACCCAUUGGUGAACCCAAUUGGACCUGCUAGCCCAAGCCUUGAACCUUUGGCUCUUGAUCCUAUCCUGGCUGUAGUUGGUAGCUGUGAUAGACUCAAGGACAGAAUUAAAAAUUAUGUAAAGAGAUUGAAAGAGUGGGGAAAGAAAAUAGAAUAUGCCGAAUUCGAGGGAGAGGACCAUGGUUUCUUUUCAGUCCAGCCCAACUCUGAAGCAGCAAACAAGUUGAUGCAACUCAUUAACAGAUUCAUCACUGAAAACUCCAGCAACUAG